UACGAUGGAGAGAAACCCAGUCCCCACGCACACGCGCAGUUUCACAUGCUCUCUUAGUCUCUUUCAUUUUCCAAUUUCUAAGCCCCUCAAAAUUUCCUCUAGGGUUUUCACUCCUUAAAAAAAGGAAAAAGAAAAAUCCCACAAACCAAACCCCGAUGGCUGAAGUCAUUAACAUGCCGGUCGAUUCCCUUGACCGUCGCGGCGGGAGUGGUGGCGGAGGAGGAGGACGCGACAGGAAGGAUAAACCAAACACCGACGAUCAAUCAUCUCCUCCACCACCUCCUCAGCCUCAACGACGCCGUGAGAGAGACUCAAGAGAGAGACGCGAAGACUUCGAUAGACCAUUGAAUCGACGCGGAGGCGACUACCACGAUAGGAAUCGGUCUCCGCCACCUCCGCAACGAGAGAGGGAAAAAGAGUAUAAGAGGAGGAGUAGUACGAGUCCUCCACCACCAUUGCCGUAUAGAGAUAGGAGACAUUCGCCGCCGCCGAGGAGGUCGCCUCCGUAUAAACGGUCGAGGAGGGAGGAUGGUGGGUUUGAUGCUAGGAGAGGAAGUCCUAGAGGUGGAUUUGGAGGUGGUGAUCGAAGGUUUGGAUAUGAUUAUGGUGGUGGAUACGAGCGUGAGAUGGGAGGGAGGCCAGGGUAUGGUGAAGAAAGGCCUCAUGGCCGAUACAUGGGUCGUGGAGGUGGGUAUCAAGGUGGUCCUUCAGAUUGGGAAUCGGGGCGUGGUGGUCAUGGUGAUGCUUCCAACACCGUGUCUGCUCAAAGAGAGGGCUUGAUGUCAUACAAGCAAUUCAUCCAGGAGCUUGAAGAUGAUAUACUGCCAUCUGAAGCUGAGCGCAGAUAUCAAGAAUACAAGUCAGAGUAUAUUUCAACUCAGAAACGGGUUUUCUUUGAGGCUCAUAAAGACGAGGAAUGGUUGAAAGACAAGUAUCAUCCAACCAAUUUGGUUGCAGUCAUUGAAAGGAGGAAUGAACUUGCACGGAAGGUUGCAAAAGAUUUUUUGCUGGAUUUGCAGAGUGGAACAUUGGACUUAGGUCCUGGUGUGAAUGCAUCAUCGUCAAAUAAAUCAGGGCAGGCAAGUGAUCUAAAUUCUGAUGAUGAGGCAGAGGCUGGUGGCAAAAGGAGGAGGCACGGUCGGCCACCAGCUAAAGACGCUGAUCUUCUUUCAGCUGCUCCAAAGGCUCAUCCAGUGAGUUCUGAACCCAAGAGAAUCCAAGUUGACAUUGAACAAGCACAGGCCCUUGUAUGCAAACUUGACUCUGAAAAAGGUGUUGAAGACAAUAUUCUAAGUGGGUCUGAUAAUGAAAAAAUGAGUAGAGAGAAAUCCCAUGGGAGCUCCACUGGCCCAGUUAUCAUCAUACGCGGCUUAACCUCAGUCAAGGGCCUUGAAGGUGUUGAACUACUGGAUACGCUUAUAACCUAUCUGUGGCGAGUCCAUGGUUUGGAUUAUUAUGGAAUGAUUGAAACAAAUGAAGCUAGGGGUCUUAGGCACGUGAGAACUGAGGGAAAGAGUUCUGAUUCAAGCAACAGUGGAACUGAAUGGGAAAAGAAACUUGACUUGCGCUGGCAAGAGAGAUUGAGGGGUCAAGAUCCUCUAGAAGAAAUGACUGCUAAGGAGAAGAUAGAUGCCGCUGCAGUUGAAGGUUUGGAUCCAUAUGUCCGGAAGAUUAGAGAUGAAAAGUAUGGGUGGAAGUAUGGUUGUGGAGCCAAGGGUUGCACAAAGCUCUUCCAUGCUUCUGAGUUUGUGCAAAAGCAUCUCAAGCUGAAACACCCUGAACUUGUGAUCGACCUGACUGCCAAAGUGCGGGAAGAGCUGUAUUUUCAGAACUAUUUGAAUGAUCCAGAUGCACCUGGUGGCACACCUGUUAUGCAGCAGUCAUUACCGAAGGAUAAGCCACAAAGGCGCAAGCUUGGUCCAGAAAAUCGAUUGAAGGAUGAACGUGGCAACCGUAGAGAACGUGAGAAUAGAGCAAAUGGCAACGAAAGAUUUGAUAGGUCUGAAAAUCCACAGUCAGGUGACUUCCAAUCUAAUGAUGGUCCUGAUGGAGGAAAUUGUGAUGAAACAAUGUUUGAUACUUUCGGAGGACAAGGCAUCCGUGUACCUCCUCCUUUCCCCUCAGAUAUAGCUCCUCCACCAGUUUUGAUGCCUGUUCCCGGAGCUGGUCCACUGGGGCCUUUUGUUCCUGCCCCACCUGAAGUGGCAAUGCGCAUGUUUAGAGAUCAGGGUGGUCCUCCUCCAUUUGAAAGUGGAGGUAGAAAUGCAAGGCCUGGGCCCCAGUUAGGUGGGCCAGCCCCUAUUCUUCUAUCACCAGCCUUCCGACAGGAUCCCCGACGUAUACGCAGCUAUCAAGACCUAGAUGUGCCAGAGGAUGAAGUCACUGUUAUAGAUUACAGGAGUUUGUAGGGGUCACUGGUGGUUCAUGGGAGGACUUUCAAAUAUGAUUUUUUUGUUGAGCGAAGGUAAUUUACAUGCUGGGUAGAUGUCUUUUAUUUGAGGCAAUCCAACUGUAGAAGCGUCUCCUUGUACUUGAAGCUGUAAAGGAGGGCACUUCUUUAAAUCCGCACACUGAAUCGAAUCAGUAAUUAGAAGUGGUCCUGAUAUUUUUUCUUCAUCCCUGCCCACUUUGUUGUCUUGAGAAGAUGGUUUUCUGUAUUUAGGGGUGGGAAUAUACAAUUAUUGACAAAAUUGUAUCUGUAGAAUGGCCUUUGUGCAAAGCAGAUUUUCAUAUAGCUGUUGAUUUGUUUUCUGUAGCUUGAGAAUUUUUUUGUUGUUAAUAAAACAAAGUUGGAACCCUAGUGGAUCCGAUGAUAACUAACCAGAUGAAUGGUUGAGUGAGUAUUUAUCA